AUGUCUAAUCGUUUUUGGGAUAUCGCAUACAAUCGAGGAAAAAGUUUACUUUCAUUAAUUGAUGGGAAAACGAGUUUAUUACAAGUAUUACUUGAAGUAUAUAAUAAUCAUUCCAUACACCAGUUGUUAAAAAUUGACUGGAAUAGUAUAGAAACGAGAGAGUGGAGAAACA